AUCAAGAUCAUCAUCAUCUAGGCUCUGUGGCCUCCUCCACGAAGCUUUCGGAGGACUCAACCGUGAGCGAUUCCUUAGAUUAUAAGGCAGCAGCAGCAGUAGACGAUGCUAGUGAAGAGAACUCUCAUAAGUGUUCUAAUGUUCGAUCCAUCAUCAACAUUGUACUGACAGCCAUUGGUUUGGGUGUCAUCACCCUCCCGACCGUCAUGGCCACCUGUGGCUGGAUUGGCGGCAUUCUCGUCCUGUUCGUCGCUGCUGCCUUGUCGGACUAUAUGGUCUGCAACCUCUACAAAGCCGUCACGAAUCAUCCCAAGGGAGAUCCUAUCAACACCUAUGAGGAGCUCGGCAGAGUCUGCUUUGGUCGAGCUGGUCAGAUCAUUACAGCCCUUAUUGUUCAUGUCACCAUGACCGGAGUUUGUGCCACUCUCCUUCUUCUGCUGGGCGAGAAUACCCAGAAGUUGGCUCCAGGGCUUUCCGUUACCGUAUGGUGUGUCAUCUGGGCUGCCAUUUGCCUUCCUUUUUCCUGGUUGAGAUCCCUCAAGGAGAUCUCUUAUGUUGCCAUUGUUGGUUUGGUAGGUGUCAUAGCGCUUUUCGUUAUUAUCGCAGCCAAGGGCAUUGAGAAUGGCAUCACUACUGAUGAGCCUAUUGAUUAUGAUCUCUUCAAUGGUGAUGCUCUCACAUGGGCCGUCUCCUUUGGUAACGCCAUUCUCUCCUAUCAAAUGGCCAGUGCUACGCCCACCCUCAUUCGUGAGAUGAUCACACCUGCGGCUUUCCCUAAGGCAGCCUCUGCUGGUCUCCUUAUAGUCUUCGUCAUCUACGUUGGUGUCGGUGCCUGUGGCUACUACGGCUAUGGCAGGAGCCUCAUUGAAGUUCCUAUAAUGAACAGCAUCGCUCCGCCUGGCCAGCCGCUUGAUGUAUGGGGGUACAUUGCAGUGAUCGCCAUGCUUCUACUGGCCUUUCCUCAUUUCCUGGUCAUCCUCAUGCCGAUCGCCGCCUCUCUGGAGUACGCUUUCAAUAUCGAUGUUGACAGCACGGCGAAGCGCGAUCUCAUCAAGAGAAUCAUCGCUCGCACCUUCCUGGUUGGAAUCGCCCUGGUCAUUGCAAUUGUUGUCCCCAGUGUUGACAAGCUCAUUAAUCUCAUGGGUGUGUUUACCAUGAUCGCUAUGGCUGGAGUCCUCCCUGCCUUGUUCUAUACUAGAAUACGUGUAUUCAACGAGGGAUCAUUGAAGCUAUUUGGAAAGCAAGUCGACUUGAGAUGA